AUGGAAGAACUCGCGGCGGCCCCCCAGCAGUGGACCAUCAUACUCGCGUUGACCGCCCUUUGUCUGUCUCUCGUCGUCCUCGGCCAGCUCCUGGCCUCGCAUGCUGCCGCCUACCUGGCAGCACCCCGCGAAGCUGCCCUCCUCCUCGACGCCCUCGAUGCCUCCAUAGAAGAGAACGAAAGCUAUGACCGCGACCUGACCAAGGUGCCCCGCCUUGAGGAUAAAAUCCGACUCGUCCGCCUCUUGCGCGACAUCCAGCGAGCCGGCGAUGAUCUGCGCGAGGCCUUGUGCGCGCUGUUCGUAACGAGCGGUUUCGAUGGGGACGAAAAUGACGAGCUGGCCAGCUUCAACACAACUACAACACUGAAAGCGAGCGCGAGGGUCCUGUGGGCUGUCACGCGACGCGAUCUCGAGGAGCGCAAUCGCAGGCUGGACAUGCUACGCAUGCGCUUUCUUGUAGUCUACCUCGGCAUCGUAGCGGAGCGGGCGCCUCCAGCAGUUGAGAAGCAGUCGUCGCCAAAGGCGAAGGAGAGGAGGCAGGAGAGGGAGUCGGAGAAACUUGGCACUGCUGCCGUCGCAGCCUCCAAGAUCCCCCCAGCGCCCACCAUGGCCCCAACGCCGGCGAUGCUUCUCUCACGAGCACUAAAUGAGGAGAUUAAGAGAAAGCCACCGCUGCGGAGGCUGACAACGCAGGCCAUCGGGCAUUCAUCCAACGCAAGACCUAGCCACCGUACCGGGUGGGCUGGGGUCGUUGAGGAACUGCAGAGGAGCCCAAAGCUGCAGGCGAGACACGCUUUUAUCGAGAGAUCGAUUGAGCAGGAACUCGCAUUAAGCAAGCUGCCGUGA